AUGAAAACUACCGGCGACACUUCAGUCAAAUCAGCCCCCAUAAGGCAAGAUGAAGGUGGAGACACUAUUCACUGCAACGACCUAAGAUGGCUACCUCUCGCCCCGAAAGUUUGGAUCAAACUCAUCAAGCUGUCACCCGAGACAGGCGCCUACACUGUCAUCGUCCGGGCCGAGAAAGGAGGCGUCCUUCCCCGUCACCGACACAUCGAAAGCGCCGAAAUCUACGUUAUUCGAGGCGAUGGCAGACAUCCUCAAACCGGGCACUUUGCCCAAGGCGACUACGUAUCGGAAAGAAAAGGCGCGGUCCAUGACCCGCUUGUGUUCGACGAAGAGGUGGAAAUGUUGAUGAUGAGCAGUAGCCCGUCGGCGUUCAUUGACGACAAGGGUAACGACUUGUUCUUGAUGGACGUUCCAAUGCUGCAGCGGUUGGAGGCGUCAACAUAG